AGCACAGAAAAAAAAUGUCAACGGGUCGAAUUGGAGGAGCACCGUUGUUGCACGUGGCGCAGGCGGCGGUGCUGCUGUUGCUGGUAAGCGGCCAAUCCUCGUUGCUGAUAAUCUCGGCCAAAACUUUCAACAAAGACUGGCCGCUAUCGGCUGGGGAAGGGCGCGACGCUCUUUGUUCCCGACCCCGGAAUGUCCCCGGACCGGAGCAGCGGGUGGCCAUCGAGGAAUGGGCGAAUACGGUACCGGCUACGGUGCUGAUGGAAGAUAAACCGGUGCUGAUGGUGGCCAAGGAGAGCAGAAUGAGAUAUGUGAUUCAUCUUGCGGAAACGAAUCCACUUGCCAUCGUCAUCACGCCAUCCUGCACGCCCAGCCUGGGAGGAGAAAUUCGAUGGACGGUCGUGCAUAACGAUUCGGAAAUCCUUGGAAGCAACAAUGCGCUGAACAGAUCGUUCUUCAUCCUACCGUGCGCCUCCCGAGGUAGCUACCACGUUUGGGUGGAAAUCACCGACAUCUACUGUGCAGCGGAAAUAUCCUACAACACGCGCAGUCUCGUCGAUCUAUGGCCAAUGCUGAAUCGAACCUCACUCUCGCCCAUCAAGUUCCAUCAGCACCCCCGCAGGCACCAGCUUCUAGUCAAGUGGGAGAAGAGCAAAUUUGACAUCCACGCAAUGCACUACUGCCUGGCGAUCAGUCGAGAUCAUCCGCAGCGAACACUGUGUCAGGCGCUGGGAAACUCACAAUACGGGUCCAGGUGUGGUAUUUCAAUGACGGAAACGCUCCGACGGAUAUCAGUCGAUGAAGAGAAGAAGGUCCCACCAGAGGCAAAAACGACGAUCGCCUGCACUGGUAGCCGCACGAAACAGUUAAUCCGGGGAAUGAAGCCAAACACUACGUACUUCCUGGAUGUCUUUGCCGUUCAUACCCAGAAAAACAAUCUCUCCUAUCUGCUUGGGGCUGCCACCAUUCAUGUUAACCGAACUCGCCCCACGCAGUUAUUGGAAGGCAAGCUCUUCGUUGGUAAGCUUUCAACGCUUGGAGGAUUAACCUCGUUCAGUUUCAAAGUUCCCAAGCGUUCGCCUAGCAACACUACGCUCAAACUUCUGGUGACUCCGUGCGGUGGAACGGUCAACUUGGAAAUUUACCGGAAGAAACGGCUGCUGAUGAAACCGAUCGUGGACAUCUACUACCCACGGGUGAUCAUGGUUGAGAAUGUGGUACCGGGUGAACGGUAUCAGAUUCAGGUGUCCGAAGCCGACGAACAUUUCCGUACGAAUCGGAUACAGAUUGCAGUUACAACCAAGGAUGAGUUUGCCAACUUGCCACAGCUUCCCAUCAAUACGACGGUGGCGGAGCUGACCCAGCUGAGAACCUGCCAUGCAACGACAAUCGCUUGGUACAGCUCGCCGGAUAAGCGGAAGAUAAGAUAUUGCACCUACAUCUUCAAGCAACACACAAAGCAUCAGUACUACAGCAACAUCAAAAUGCCAUCCUACUGCGAGUUGGAAAGCCGAGAUAUCUACUCCCAUCCCCAGUUGCAGCAGAUGCACUGCAUCUUCUCCGAUCAAAUAAAUCACACCGACCUCAUGCCGAAAUCGAUGUCCAUCAGCAACCUGGCACCGGCGCACUACUAUCUGAUCUUCGUAACGGCUAGUCUCGGAAACGGGCGAAGCCUGCCCUACCGAUCGGCGCGGAUAAAAACGCAUCCAUACUGCCGGGAUGGUGAUUCCACCGCCGCCGGUAUCAUCAAUCAGCAACAGCAGCGACUACGAAGUGUUUCGAUCAUCAAAAAGCACCAGCAUCCACCACGGGGCAACAGCAGUAUCAAUAUGCUAAAAUCCGGUCUGCACAAGCAACAGCAACUGAUCGAGAGGAGGAACAACCGAUUGAAGAGGGACAAUAAGUAGAGUUACUGCAUUACAAUGUAAGAUUGGUUUUUUUUUUGGGAAAAGAAAGACGCAUAUAAAUCCUCCCUAAUUGAUUUGGCACUGGAUCAAACCUGAUAAACCCAUCCUCGCGUUCUUCGUCGGGACCCCAGCAGGGGAGGAAGUCCUGAUUUAUGUAGCUUUCUCGUUAUUCUUGCAUUGUAUUUACGCACAUGUGCAAUCACAUACUACUCAUGAACGGCGUUUAUUGGCAGUUAAAUUUUUGUUCUAUGUUGGAAGACGAAAAAAAAAAGAAUACGACAGUAAAGACAAGGAAGACUCCAGACACUUGUGAGAUUUAUUUCCCUACUAUACAUGGGAAACCAGCUCGGUUAUCGUGCAUAGACGACGGCGAGCCCGGCGGUGCGGCCGGGGCUGGGAGAAAGUGAAAUAAAAAUUGUAUUGCAUUAAUAAAUUAGGGAUGCGACGGCAGCCACUUGUGACAAGUUAGCAACUAGGCGAAAGUUGGAAGAUUUGCGAGAAUAAAAAAAAACGUUGUAAAAUUUAUGACACACCGGAAGGAUAUAGCUUUCAAGUGCUUGAGCGGUUCUCGCAUUGUAGUAGCAAGUAAGAAUAAGAGUCAGCCAUACAAACACACACACACACUCACAUACACACAUAAACGGAUCGUAUAAACUCGUAUAUGAAUAUUACUUUGUAGGAGCAAGCCAAGCCGAGAGUGGCAAAUGGCAAACAUUGUUACUAAUCUGUAUAGUAGGACUUAAGAACGACUUUCUAUCAAUUAAGAACAACUCACACAAGUUGAAAACUCGUACUUCUAGGAUGUAAGGACAACUUAUAUGGUAGAUGUGUGCUACGUGUUUGUGGAUAGCAUCCAAGCUUGUACCAUUGAUUGGUUUUAUGAGCGCGAUUACUUUUAUUCUUUGGAAGAAUAUUUAUUCGAUGAUAUUUUCUACUAAUGUAACUUUAUCUUCAGUCGUAAGUAUUUGUACCAUUAUCCAUCGUUUGUAACGUAUAUUUAAAAUGCAAAUACACAUGAGUAUUAUCCGAUUGA